CUCUGACAUCGCCUCCUUCGACAAACGUAAGCGGGUGAUGUCUAAAGCUCUCUUCAGAGACAGCCUCUGAUCAAGCCUCUCAAACACCUGUCCUGAGGAGAGAGAGAGUAGAAGAAGAAGAAGAAGAGAGAUACACUAAAGAGAAGAGAGAUCAUGAUAGACCUAAGCCACCUCACAGAUGAGGAGCAGGAGGCCAUUCUGACGGUGCUGAAGAGGGAUGAAGACCUCAAGAAGGCUGAGGAGGACAGAAUCAGAACCCUGCAAAAGAAAGUUUCCCCCAUGGAGAGCAAGCUGAAGUACCUGACAGGAGAGUGGUUUUAUGAGGCUAAGUCUCAACGACACAACGACAAGAUCCAUGGCUCUGAGAUCAUUCUGGCUUCCAUGAAGCAGAAGAGAGCAGCCACCUUAGAAGGUUCUCUGUCCCACUCCAGAGCUGUGAGUGGAAGAGGCUCAGACAUAGUCGCUCCACCCAAACCUGCCAGACUCCUGGAGACCCCAAUACAGCCCCAGCAGACAAGGGAGAGUUCCAGUGUUCCUGACACAGACAGAGCAAGAAUUGAUGUAAACGUACGCUCCCCAGGAAUGCCAAGGCACAACCCAUUCAAUCGUGCCUCUAUUGUUCUUGAGGUGUCUGAAAAGACAGAAACACAGUUGGCCAAUGGAAACCAAGAACCCGUGAAACCAUCGGAAGCAGCACUUGUUUCUCCACCGAAGACGUCCUGCCCGUCCAGCCAGACCUCCACGGGCUCUGUCACCUCAGAGGGCUCCUCUGUGGGCUUCAGGCCUGUCCCCAAGAAGAGAACAUUUCUGUCUAGGCGUCCCAGCGCUCUCUCAGACAGCGACAUCUCCCUCUCCGGUCCUGCUCCUCACAAAGGGUCAGGGGUCAUGACCUCCCAGGGAAGUCUCCAGCAUGGCUCCACUUGCAGCUCCAGUCUGGGAGGAGGAACUAUACCAUCCAUCUCAGAGUCACAAAACAAUCCCUCCAGCCACGCAGGGAACUCUCUAGUUCUGGUAUCCUACAAGCAACUGACAGAUGCGGCCGAUGUCUCUGUAGAACCCAACCUGGAACGAACAGCAAAGCCUAAGUCAAACACCUAUCAGAGGGUGGUGGAGACUCCCCAAGAUGACUCCUUCAGAAUGUCCCAAAGAAGGUCCCCAUCUCCUGCCUCUAGAAGUGAAAAUGUGUUACCUUCCCUGGCUGGCCCACAAACCCCCACAAACCUCCAACCAGCCUUGCUUCCUGAUAGUGAUAUAAACACUGAGAGAUUCAUCUCAAGAGGUCAGACGACUGACAGCAGAGAUGGCCUUACCCAGAGAGAGUAUGAUAUCGGCCAUCUCAGCGGCAUGGAGACAUCUGUUUUAUCAGAGCACCAAUCCUCAAUGCUCUCUGACGUCACAAAGCCGGCCCCCAUUCCCAUUCCUCAGCCGUCUGGCCAGCAGAACCCGACCUAUAAACCUGCUGCUGUUCAGGCUGAGAAGACAGUGGUGGAGGUGGAGACCCACACUCGCAAUGCAGGAACACACGUGGACCCCAAUCAACCAUAUGAUCUCCAUGUCUCAGAUGAUAAACUGAAGAAACAGUCCCCUAAGAAGCCCUGUUGUAAAACUGCCUUCAAGUCGGCUCCACGUAGCCCCAAGACCACCGGGGAAGAAGGCAAAGCCAUCGCCAAGGUUUUGGACUGGUUCAGCCGCAGCACGGACAGCAAUGAUUGGCUAGAGACAGAAAGUGGUCAGCCAGAAGUUUUCAGCACUGACCAGGUGGAAGACAUGACUAUGGAAGACUUGAUAGAGCCGGUCAGAAAUGAUAGUGAGAACAUCAGUGAGACCAAAUAUCAACUCAGAGAGAAAACAUCUCCCAGGAUGAUGAGAGACCACCAGCAAGAGUACACUGGCAUAAACAAACCAUUUAUGGGUCAAAGUGUGUAUUCAAGACCUGAUAAGACUUCAGAGGAUGGACUGAAGUCUAAAUCCACUGAGGUCCACUCUCCUGUCAACAUGAACAGAACAUACCAGUUCAAGAGGAGAAUAUCCGAGACUGAGACCGCAGGUAGGAGAGAGAGAAAGGACAUGUCAGAAAAAGAAGAAGAAGAAUUGAGGAAGGUCACACAACAGGUCAAACCACAGGUAACACAAGUGAAGGAGGAAGUUCAAGAUGAGAACCAAUCUGCAAACAUAUCCAACCUCAAGUCCUUCUGGGAGAAGAGCAACGUUGGGCCAAAGAUUCUCAUCAGUAGAUCCAACACAGGAGUUGAAAUAAAACCAAGACCUGGGAUCCAGGAGACGGAGAAGAAGAAUGACAAAGAAGAGAAGGCCGUGUUAGAUAAGGUUGUGGUGCCCCCCAAAGAGAAUGCCCCACAUCUCAGGAGUGGAAAAGAAAUCAAAAAGACAACCCAGGACAUGAAACACAAAGCCCCCCCUCCUACAGUAGAGAUAAACAUGUCACCAUCUAAUAGAGAUUACCACCCAAGUGCUGGGGAUCAAAACAAAGAGGACCGCCAUUUGACAUUACCAACAAAUCCACUGGUCUGGGACAGAAGAGGCUCUGAAACAGAAAUCCUCUCUCUGAAUAGACUCAGCUUUCAGGCUGAGCUCCAGACCAGGCAUCCACCAGAGCUUCAGGCAGACCCACUCCCGCAGUCCAGAGCCAGCCCUCAGCCUGGGAAUCUGUCGCCAGCGGCUCAGGUUCUGUCCAGCUUUCAGCCUGAAACCCUCCAGGUCAGAGACAUCCCAGAAGGUGAUCAGCCUACACAUAGCUCAUACAUGGAGUAUCAUGCUGGUGGAAUAGGGAGAGAGCAAGUCAGCCCCCAAACUAAAAGAAAGAGCAGUGCUGGUGGAAACUUCAAGGAAAAGGAGAAGGAAGAGAGAGGUGUCCAGUCCCCUAGAAAACAAGAUGAUCUCACCUUUACUGACCGAGGUAACGUCCUACACACCCCAAAGCAACCUCCUCCUCGAAACGAGAGUACAGCAGAGAAAGUAAGACAACUCAAGUCAUUCUGGGAGAAGGAAAAAACGAGGCCUGUGAUUGGUAAAUCUAAAGAGCUAGGGGAUGUCAGGCUAUAUAGAGCUCCUUCAAAGCUGAAUAAAAGAUUCACCAAAUCUGAAUAUGAUCUGCUGUCAAUUGGGAAUGAAGCAGAGAGUGACAAUGAAGGAGAUUCUGUCCACUCGUCUGACAGAAUCAAUUUUACCGUUCUUACAAUGAAUCAGAGACUAGACAAAUUUUCCCCAAGUCUUGGAGGGAAUCGUUCACAGUUUAAGAAUCUUCGAGAUUUCUGGGGUGAGGCCAUCUCGAAUCGCAAAGGACCAAGUGCUUUUGAUAAGCCCAGAAGUCUGAAAAAGAACGAGACAGCUGAUUCUCUGCAUCCAAUGCUGGAGUUAAAACAAUGUGUUGAUCCUGAAUUCUAUAGCACAACCAGCCCUACUCACACAGAGAAGGUCAGUGCCAGACCACCUGUGGAUGAAAGCUGGCACUCAAAAUCAUCUCCACCUCCAUCCCUAGCCAGGGGAAAUAAAGAGAGAGAGCAUCAAUUAAGGUCACCCAUUGACAGACAGAUUGGGUUGGGUACAGAAGCUUUGAUUGACAGUCAAUCUAACCUGUCGAGUCCCAUCACACUAUUUUCAGAGCAACAAAAAUGCCCUUGGCCACAGCAAGGCAGAAGGGGCUCAGAUCAGAAGUCUUCCAGAGAAGAAAAGCCCCAUAGACCACAAGGCACCCUGGGAAAAGAGUCUCAUUCCCCAAAGCCAAGGAAAGACAGUUUUGGAAACUCAAGUGGACGGUCCACGAUGCGGCGUGCGAGGAGUAUGUUCUCCCUGGACGUGGAUGAUCAGCAAGACAAGCUAGACAAACCUUAUCCAGGACAGGUUAGAAAGACAAGAGAGGUCAGCCCUGUACAGGGGAAGACAACACAAGCUAGGAGACAGAGUACAGAUAAAGAAGCAGGUCCCAGGAGGUCUUCACGUUCCUCUGAGGAGUCUGAAUCUUUGGCUCUGCGCGCUAGAUCUUUCGUUCCCAGAGACUAUCGCCACUACCUGGGCAUCUCAGAGAAGAGCAGGGCCGGAGUUGACCUGGACCUGAGUGGGACGGUCCGGUCCAGCACCCCUACUGGCUCAGAGGAGAGCUAUGGAAGGAGAGGCAGUAAAACUGCACAGCGCCCCCCGUGGUCAAACCAAGGCAGCACAGACACUGGCCGAGAGUCAUCUUUGAGCAGCACAUCCGAAACAUGGUCCAACUCAAGAAGCAGUUCUAAACGAGAGAAUGGUGAGGACGACCAGAACCCAGUGAAGAGGGCGUUGAGGCGAGCAGAGGCACGUCCGAAGAACCUUGCUAAAAGUCUAGAGGACAUCACAGCAUCCUUGCCACAACGGCAGGAAAGAAGACAAGGCCCUUUUGCUGACCCGAGGCGUGGAAGUGAUGUUUCAUCCUUUGCCUCACCCUCCUCUUCCACCUUCUCUGAUCCUGAACAUCUGAAGAAAUUAAGCAAAUCUGUUCCCUCAUUCCUUCAGAAGGAGAACGAUGGGAGGGACACUGACUCCACUUCUGAGAAUAGUUACCAUGGAAGCAGGCAGAUGACGGGCAGAUCUAUGACUAACCUCAGCACCUCCUCUGGCAUGGCAUCUGUGUCUUCUAUGAGUGGCAGUGUAAUGACCAUGUACAGUGGGGACUUUGAGAAUGUGGAGGUCCAGGGAAGCAUCCAGUUUUCCAUCAACUAUGUGCAGAAGCUCAGGGAGUUCCACAUCUUUGUGGCUCAGUGUCAAGAUCUGGCCGCUGUGGAUCCAAAGAGAGGCCGUUCGGACCCGUAUGUUAAAAGUUACCUUGUGCCUGACAAAGCCAAUUUAGGCAAGAGGAAAACCUCUGUGAAAAAGAAGACACAGAAUCCGACUUUUAAUGAAAUUCUGAGAUAUCGAGUUCGUUUGGAGAAUCUGAGAACCCAGACACUCAUUCUCUCUGUCUGGCACCAUGACACAUUUGGGAGGAACAGUUUCCUGGGUGAGGUGGAUGUGGACUUGUCCAAAUGGGACUUUGACCACACCCAGAUGAACUACUUAGCCCUUAAAGCCAGGCCCACAACCUGUCUAAAACAGUCAGAUGACAGGGGAGAGAUGAGACUGGCCAUUCGCUUUUUGCCCCAGAUUGCCCACAGUGUAGCCAAAGAGGGCCCCAAAACAGGUGAAGUUCAUAUUUGGGUGAAAGACUGCAAGAACCUUCCUCUCAUCAGGGGAGCCUCGAUUGACCCCUAUGUAAAAUGUUUCGUGCUGCCAGACACGAGCAGAAAAAGCCGUCAGAAGACCCGCGUCCUGAGGAGGACAGUCGAGCCGGUGUUCAACCACACCAUGGUGUACGACGGCUUCAGGCAGGAGGACCUGAAAGAGGCCUGUGUGGAGCUGACUGUCUGGGACAGAGACAGGCUGGCCAGCAACCUCCUUGGAGGCCUGAGGCUAGGGCCCGGCACAGGCAGAAGUUAUGGGGCUGUGGUAGACUGGAUGGACUCUACUCCCAGUGAGGUGGCUUUGUGGGAGAGGAUGAUGGAGUCUCCUAAUGAAUGGGUGGAAGACAUGCUAGCCCUGAGGGUGCUUACAACAGCAAAAACUGCCCUAAAAUGAUAAAUGUGCAAGAUGGUCUAACAGCCACCACAGGUUGUGUGUUUAUAACGUUAGCUGAUAUAUUACCUACAGCAUGUAAUAUGCAAACAUUUAGAUACUAAACACUUAUCAUCACAUUCAUUUAUUCAUUCAUUCAUUUGUAACAUUCCACUUGAAUCAAAUGUUUUCCUUUAACUGAUGCAAUACAUUAGAUUUUCUUUACAGAAUUUCGUAUAAAUUAAAUGCACGCCUUAAACUGAAUUAAC